CAUACACACCUAUACGCAUACGUUUGGACCCGUCUAUAUAUAUAUAGAGAGAGAGAGAGCGCGAGUGAGAAGAAAGGUGUGGCCUUUUCAGAGAGAUAAAGCCAAGCUUUUUUCUCUUCAUCGUUCUUGCUGCAACCAAGAAGAAGAAGAACCUCUGUCGAUUAUUGCAGUUUGGUGUUUUCUUUGUUGAAAGGUCGAAUUUUGUCUGCCAGAGAGAGAGAGAGAGAUUGGGGGCAGAGGCAAAAGCCCCACCAGAAGACAUGCUUUGUCUCUCUGUGUAGUCCCUUUUUGUUGGUUCUCUUUCGAUUCCUUUUUCUGUUUAUGUAAUUGCAGGGCGGUUUGUCCUUCGAAUUUGGAGUACUCUGAGAGAGAAAAACCCGAACAUUCCAUGAAAUGGGUUAUCUUUAAUUCCUCUGGUUUUGGGUUGCUAAGUGUGCUCUGUUCAUAGGUCCCUUGUCUCUUCUUGUGAAUCGAAAUCUCUUUCCUCUGCUUGGUUACCGGUAAAAAUGAAUGCUUUUGUAAACCGGUGAUCUUGUUCAGACUCUCUACCCCAGAGAGAGAGAGAGAGAGAGAGAGAGAGAGAGCAGAAUCUCCAUAGAAUGGCUUGUGUUGAAGACACGAUCAAGACUAAUAAUGGUUUGGGUAAUGGAGGAGCAACAACACAGCAAACUACUCUACUUGAAGAGAUGAAGCUGUUGAAAGAAAUGCAGGAUCAGUCAGGAACGAGAAAGGCUGUAAUAAAUUCAGAGCUAUGGCACGCGUGUGCAGGCCCGUUGGUCAGUCUUCCUCAAGUUGGGAGUCUCGUGUAUUAUUUCCCACAAGGGCAUAGCGAACAGGUGGCUGUUUCAACCAGAAGAUCAGCAACAACCCAAGUUCCCAAUUAUCCAAAUCUUCCUUCCCAAUUGAUGUGCCAAGUUCAUAAUGUUACACUUCAUGCAGACAAAGAUACAGAUGAAAUCUAUGCCCAGAUGAGUCUUCAACCUGUACACUCUGAAAGAGAUGUGUUCCCUGUGCCAGACUUUGGUCUGAGAACUAGCAAGCAUCCGAACGAGUUCUUCUGUAAAACCCUAACUGCAAGUGACACAAGCACCCACGGAGGUUUCUCGGUUCCUCGCAGAGCUGCCGAGAAGCUUUUUCCUCCACUCGACUAUAAUGCUCAGCCGCCGACCCAAGAACUGGUAGUGCGAGAUUUGCAUGACCAUACAUGGACGUUUCGCCAUAUAUACCGGGGUCAGCCAAAACGGCACCUCCUGACAACGGGUUGGAGCUUAUUUGUGGGUUCGAAAAGACUUAGAGCCGGGGAUUCAGUCUUGUUCAUCAGGGAUGAAAAGUCACAGUUGAUGGUAGGGGUGAGGCGGGCAAAUCGCCAACAGACAGCACUUCCAUCUUCUGUUCUUUCGGCGGACAGCAUGCACAUCGGUGUUCUUGCAGCUGCAGCUCAUGCAACUGCCAACCGUACACCUUUCACCAUCUUCUACAAUCCAAGAGCAUGCCCUUCAGAGUUUGUGAUCCCUCUGUCUAAAUACCGCAAGGCGAUAUGCGGGUCUCAACUCUCUGUCGGAAUGAGGUUCGGGAUGAUGUUUGAAACUGAUGAGUCGGGGAAACGAAGGUACAUGGGUACCAUCAUUGGUAUCAGCGAUUUGGAUCCAUUGAGAUGGCCUGGUUCCAAGUGGCGAAACCUUCAGGUCGAAUGGGAUGAGUCUGGAUGUAACGAUAAGCCGACGAGGGUCAGUGCUUGGGAUAUCGAAACACCCGAAAGUCUCUUCUUUUUUCCUUCUCUGACUUCGGGGCUCAAGCGGCAAUUUCAUCCAUCGUUUCUCGCAGGUGAAACAGAAUGGGGAAGCUUGAUCAAACGGCCUCUCAUCCGUGUUUCUGAUGCUGCUAACGGAUUUCUGCAUAUGCCCGGUUUUGGUUCUGACCAACUCAUGAACCCGAAUGCAGCAUUCAUGUCUUCAAUGCAUCAGCAGAAUGCUGUUAUCGGUCAUGGAGCUAUGCAACCCGUCAUGAACCAGAAACCAGAGAUUGUGCAAUCAGAGAACAAGUUACCUGUGAACACGAGUGCGUCACAGCAGAGUCUCACACGGAACAUGAGUGCCUCGGGAAAACAUGGAAAGCAGAUGCCUUCUACCUUGGGGAAAGGCAAGCAAGAACCUGGACAGUCAAUGGAACAGGCAAGUCAGGUAACUUCGGUAAUCGGAUGCGAUGAGGAUAAAGCUAACCGGUUGAGCCAGAGGCCAGAUUUGCAUCCUUUACAAGCUGAUCCGUGCUCGGAAAUCAGCCAACAGAUAUACACUCCUCAGUCUGAGCCGAUUUCCUUCAACGGGUUGUCUCCUUUACUGGAAGCUGACGAGUUGACAUCUCAAAUGUCUCCGUUCCAGUCUCUUGGCGUAACAUACAGGCCACCAUUACAGGAUUCUUCUCAAGCGAUCUUGCCUGAUUCAACAAAUCCAUCCUUGUUUCACGACAUAUGGGAUCAUAAUCAGUUGAACAGUUUCAAGUUUGACCAGUUCAGUCCCUUGAUGCAGCAAGACCUGUUCGCUUGUCGGAACAUCGGUAUGAGCAAUAGUGCAAACAGCAACAUUCUCGAUCCGUCCCUCUCAGAUGCGGUUCUUGACGACUUCUGCGCUAUAAAAGAGGCUGAUUUCCAAAACCCUUCUGGCUGUUUGGUCGGGAACACGAACUCGGUUCAAGAUGUCCAGUCUCAAAUCACAUCCGCAAGCUUCGCAGACUCGCAGGCGUUCUCUCGCCAAGAUUUCCCGGAUACAUCCGGAGGAACUGGCACUUCAUCAAGUAACGUCGAUUUCGACGAAAGCAGCCUGCUCCAGAACAGUAAGAGCUCGUGGCCGAAAGUGGCUGCUCCCCGAGUGAGAACGUACACCAAGGUUCAAAAAGCCGGGUCAGUCGGGAGAUCCAUCGACGUAACCAGUUUCAGGAACUACGAAGAGCUGAAGUCGGCAAUCGAGUGCAUGUUCGGACUGGAGGGACUGCUCACUGACCCGAAAGGCUCGGGAUGGAAGCUUGUUUACGUUGAUUACGAGAGUGAUGUUCUACUCGUGGGGGACGAUCCGUGGGAAGAGUUUGUGGGAUGUGUACGGUGCAUAAGGAUACUGUCGCCGACGGAAGUUCAGCAGAUGAGUGAAGAAGGGAUGAAGCUUUUGAACAGUGCGGGGAUGCAAGGCGUCAAGGCUUCGUUCCCUUAGAUUUAUUUGCAAGAUGAAAAGAAAACCCUAUUUGACUGUCGGAUUGUUCCUUCCGACAGAACCUGAAACUAAUCCAAGGUUAUGUAAGACAGUAAUGGAUGUCUGAAACUCGGUUUAAGAAUGAAGCUCAGUAGCAGAAUUUGAGUGUGUGUAUAUAUAUACACACACACAUAU